AUGGGAGAACUGGUAAUUGGCCUACCGAAGCCAAGCAAGCGGUGCCGCGGCGCACAGGCCUCUGCGCCGGAUGUCCAAUACACGACCCUUCCUAAUAAAAUACGAGUAGCGACAGAAACAACCCCGGGUCACUUCUCGUCGGUUGGUCUCUAUGUCGAUGCUGGGACACGCUAUGAGACGUCGUCGACGUCGGGAGUCUGUCACUUUAUCGACCGAAUGGCUUUCAAGACGACGGAAACCCGGUCAGAAGAAGAAAUGUUCACUGCCAUUCACUCACUCGGCGGCCAGAUAAUGUGCUCAUCCUCACGGGAGGCUAUAAUGUACCAAUCAUCUCACUUCAAUUCCGCAACACCACAGGCCCUCUCCCUCAUCGCUGACACCGUUCUAAACCCUGGAUUCCUCGAAGAAGAGCUUCUCUCCCAGCGGGACGCUGCACGGUACGAAAUUCGCGAAAUCAAAGCCAAACCAGAAAUGAUCAUCCCCGAAAUACUGCACGAGGUCGCGUAUAAUCAUACAGGUCUCGGGAAUCCGAUGCUCUGUCCUGAGGACAGAAUCGACUUGAUUGACCGGAAUAUACUGCUCGGGGGUAUGAAAGCCUGGUUCAGACCGGAGAGGAUGGUCAUAGCAGGCUCUGGUAUGCAGCAUGAAGAACUAGUCGAACUCGUCGACAAAUACUUCUCGUCGUUAAAACCUUCCACCACUCACACAUCGUCCUCGCAACCCCGGCAGAACUCCCCACCUCCGCAUCUAUUAAACUCCUCUGCUCCCUCACCGUCUAAAUUUACCCGUGCUGCAUCUUACCUCUUCCCUACCUCUACCCCCGCGCCAUCUGAUCCUCCUUCCCUACUUACGAAAUCAUCGUACACGGGUGGUCACAAGUACAUACGGGACACUUCAGCCGAGUUCAACCAUCUCUAUAUCGGUUUCGAGGGCGUCGGCAUCCACGACGAAGACAUAUACGCCCUCGCAACGAUGCAAGUCCUCCUCGGCGGUGGAGGCAGUUUCUCUGCUGGCGGCCCAGGAAAGGGCAUGUACUCCCGACUCUACACCCACAUCCUCAACCAUUUCCCGCAAAUCGACCACUGCGCCUCAUUCCAUCACAUCUACACCGACUCUUCAUUAUUCGGCCUGUUCGCCUCGUUCGUGCCUGCCUCUUCGGGAUUAAGAGGUGGGAAUACGCCGUCGCAGAUUAUGCCGCAUCUAGUGCAUCAACUCAGUUUGUUGCUGUAUACCCCGAUACCAGCAGCUGAGCUUAGCCGCGCGAAGAACCAGCUUAAGUCGAGUUUGAUGAUGGCUUUGGAGAGUCGGGCUGUUGGGGUUGAGGAUUUGGGUAGACAGAUCCUGGUUCACAAUCGCAAGGUCCCCGUAUCCGAGAUGACGGAUAAAAUUGACCUUAUCGGCGCGGAGGAUAUACGGCGUGUCGCUAAUCGUAUCUUUGGACCCAAGUCUGGGAAUAAACCGACGGUUGUGUGCAUGGGACAUGAAGAUACGGGGGAUUGGCAAUCAGUGUUCAGGAAGUACAGUGUUGCCUCUUCGUGA